CUGUGGUUUGUCUGCUCCAUUUGCUUUUUUCAUUUUUUUUGCUCUUUUUAUUUUAACUUAUCUCUUCGUGAAGAGCUUGGUGGCAAGUAGGCCCAGCUCGGAUUCAUAACAGCAGUAUCAGAGGCAAGUUUGUGUUCCUGGCGGCUUCUGUGUUUGAGGCGGUCCUCGUGCUGACUCAUGGCUGCUGUGAUGGAGGUUGUUGUGUAAACAAGAAUGUUGGACAUCAGAAGCUGGGCAGAGUACAUUGUCGAAUGGGCUGCAAAAGACCCAUAUGGAUUCCUUUCAACAGUUAUAUUGGCACUAACCCCACUGUUCUUAGCAAGUGCAGUGCUUUCAUGGAAACUGGCAAAAAUGAUUGAGGCCAGAGAUCGAGAACAGAAGAAGAAACAAAAGCGUCAAGAAAAUAUUAAUAAAGCAAAAAGACCAAAAAAGGAUUGAACAUACAACCAGGAGACAUUCCUCAUCAUGAACAAAAAUGCAGCUUGUUUUUCAUCUUUAACAAUUGCAGUUAUAUUGUACAAUAACUUCCCAAGGAUGGCACCAUAAUUCACUAACUGUUUCAUUGGAAAUUUGCUUAUAAUAUUUCAAGUUUUGGGGUUUUAUGAUAUUCUUUAAUAUUGGGAUAAAAACUUCCAUUAAUGCUUUACAUUUUCUACUUCCUAUUCGAAAUGUACAUUCUCAUUCCUGUUUCAUAAAACCUGUAAUCUUGUGAUUAUGAAAGUGUAUUGAAUCACUGCACUGAAAUCAAUAUAUUGAUACAUUCAUAAAAA